AAUGCCCGGCUGUAACAACACACGAGCGAUCUCAAAGGCCCAAAUUCACCGUAUGUUUGUGGAUUACAGUCAGACGAGCGGACGAUCAUGUUAUUGAUCAAGCUUCAUGUAUGUCGCAUUAUAUCCAGUGUUUUAUUGAUCAGAUAUCAGCGAGUGUCGUCAUGCUGUAGAUCAGUGUGUGGCUAUAUUUGUCUGGAUUAGGGCUCCUUAACACCUUUAAACUCCCGGAAUUAGCGCUUUGACGUCGGAUCAUCGAUAGAUUAGUGUUGAUCUCGUCUCAGGAUUUGAAGGACACUGUUUGUGUGUGUUUUACAGGAGCUCGAGAGUUAAGAACAAUAGCGCUAGCACAGCCGGCUAGUCAAACACUGAUGCAUUCAGUCAUUUUAUUUGAAUUAUACCCGCGAUGGACAUCAGAGGAUUUAACGACCUGUUUAGUUAGUUAAAUGGACAUUUCACCUCGUAGAUGCAUUAAUCCAGGCAAUGGGUUUGAUAUUGUAGAUUAGAUGUGUAGGCUGACAUUAGCAUUAGCUGGUUAGCAUUAGCGGCUUUGUUGUGAACUGGAUUUGCUUUGAACUGGUUUGUGCUUUCUGUUUAGGAAAAUUCUCCUUUUUAAAUUGGUACUUUUAUCGGUUAUAUUCUCUUAUCUUUUACACUGGACCUUCAAUUGGCUGCAGCAUUUGUGUUUUAGUGAGAUAGAGAUAAGAAAGGAAAUGUUGGACGGGUAGUGUUUAAUCUGUAUCAACACAAACACAGAUUUGUGUAGAAAUAACGGCAGUAAAGCUACAACGUGGCGCAUUUGAUCGUUUAAGAGCUGUUAUGGCCUCCACUUCGAGCUUGAAGAAGCUCUUUAUAUUAUGGACACAUCUGCUCUUCGUUGUUAAGGGAAAUGCAGUUUCUUCACAACGCAGUGAGAAUGUAUAUGUAUCAGGGAUGUCAAAUGCCUGUGGGGAUGUGGCUGAGCAGAUCAGGGCAUCCAGUGGAGUGAUAACCAGCCCUGGCUGGCCCUUUGAGUACCCGUCUUGCAUCAACUGCAGCUGGAACAUCAGAGCCAACCCUGGUGAAAUAAUCACCAUCAGUUUCCAGGACUUUGAGAUUCAGAGCUCGCACCGAUGUGGUUUGGAUUGGAUCUCCAUUGGAACCUACAAGAACCUGGAUGGAUACCGGGCCUGUGGCUCAUCCAUGCCAGCUCCAUACAUCUCAUCUCAGGAUCAUGUGUGGAUCAAGUUCCACUCUGAUGACAGCAUGACUGGAAAGGGCUUCAGGCUUUCUUACAUAACAGGGAAAUCAGAGGAAGCCAGUUGCAAACUGGACCAAUUCCAUUGUGCUAAUGGAAAGUGUAUCCCAGAGUCAUGGAAGUGCAACACCAUGGAUGAAUGCGGGGAUAACUCGGACGAGGAGCUGUGCAUGCAGCCUAACCCCUCCGCAUUCUUCUCAUUCCAGCCCUGCACUUUCAACCAGUUCCCCUGCCUCUCACGCUACACCCGUGUCUACACCUGCCUGCCAGAGUCCCUCAAAUGUGAUGGCAGCAUUGACUGUCAGGACCUGGGCGACGAGAUCGACUGUGACGUGCCCACCUGUGGCGAGUGGCUGCGCAACUUCUACGGCACUUUCAGUUCACCCAACUAUCCUGACUUCUAUCCCCCUGGUAGUAACUGCACCUGGCUGAUCGACACUGGUGACCACCGUAAGGUUAUUCUGCGCUUCAUGGACUUUAAGUUGGAUGGCACAGGCUAUGGUGACUAUGUUAAAGUCUACGAUGGGUUGGAGGAGAACCCCAGGCGUCUGUUGCGGGUGCUGACAGCCUUCGACUCUCGAGCCCCUGUUGCAGUGGUUUCAUCUUCAGGAAAGCUUCGGAUCCACUUUAACGCAGACAAAAUCAAUGCAGCUCGAGGUUUUAAUGUUACUUACCAAGUAGACGGCUUCUGUCUGCCAUGGGAGAUACCAUGUGGAGGGAACUGGGGCUGCUACACUGAGCAACAGCGCUGCGACGGCUACUGGCACUGCCCCAGUGGACGGGAUGAGCUCAACUGCAGCAACUGCCAGGAGGAUGAGUUCCCAUGCUCACGAAAUGGUGCCUGUUAUCCCCGCUCUGACCGCUGCAACUACCAGAACCGCUGCCCCAACGGCUCGGAUGAGAAGAACUGCUUUUUAUGUCAGCCCGGAAACUUCCACUGCAAGAACAACCGCUGUGUGUUUGAAAGCUGGGUGUGUGAUGCACAAGAUGACUGUGGGGAUGGGAGCGAUGAGGAGAGCUGCCCUGUAAUCGUACCCACAAGAGUCAUCACUGCUGCUGUAAUCGGAAGUCUAAUUUGCGGCCUGCUGCUGGUCAUUGCUCUGGGCUGCACCUGCAAACUCUACUCACUCAGGAUGUUUGAGCGCAGGUCAUUUGAGACCCAGCUCUCCAGGGUGGAAGCUGAGUUACUGAGAAGAGAAGCUCCCCCCUCUUACGGACAGCUGAUUGCUCAAGGUCUGAUCCCCCCAGUGGAAGAUUUUCCUGCCUGCUCCGGAAAUCAGGCAUCUGUUUUAGAAAACCUCCGACUGGCAGUUCGUUCUCAGCUAGGCUUCACCUCAAUCCGACUCCCCACCACGGGCCGCCACGGUAACAUCUGGAGACGCUUGUUAAAUUUUACACGUUCGCCGCGGUCUGGUUCUCUAGCCCUGGUUUCUGCAGACACUGAAGGAGGACUUGCUGGCAGCAGUACAGCACACGAGACAGAGCGACUCGGCUCUCACCGCGGACUUUUGCCCCUGGACUCUGAAGACACAGAUACUGAGAGCGAACACCAUCCCCACAGGGACGUUCCAGGAGCUGUCGGAGGCCUGAUGGCCCCGCUUCCGCAAAAAACUCCCCCUACCACAGUUGUGGAAGCCAUUGUGUCCAUCUCUGCCAGCUCGGCUCCACUGGUCAGCCGGGAGAACAGCAUCUCUGAGAGUAUCUCAGAAAGUUCAGGAGCGAAUGGACCUUCUUGCAUCUCUUCUGCUGCCGCUUCUGGGAGGAGCCCCUUCAGCAGUGCUCUCAGCCAGGUCAGCCGCAGCCUCCGCUGGAUCCGCUUCUCACUAGGGCGCUCCGGGAACGGCGGAUCGAGUAGCAUAGGGCAGAAUCACAGCCCGCUGCGGCAGCUGGAGCAAGGAAGUGCGGCCUGCACUGGUGUCGGCGUCAGGGGUGAGGAAGAGGACGAUGUGGAGCUCCUCAUUCCCGUUUCAGACGCUGGAUCUCUGGACAGUGAUGAGAGCUCCAGACCCCUGCUGGAACCAGGCCUGGAGCAGGCCUUCAGGGCCCACCUGGCCUCACCUGUGGUCUCUUUAAGAGGCCGGCUGGUGGGCAGGGACGGCCCCUGUGAACACUGUGGUAUUGUCCACACGGCAAGGAUCCCUGAUGCUUGUCUAGAGGCAGCUGCAAAAACGGAAACAAGUGAUGAUGAGUCACUGCUGCUCUGUUAAGACUUGGAGGAACUUUCUGACACGGUACAUGACCCAUAUGACUCUAAAACACUCCCCUGCUCACAACUUGCCAUUUCUUUUGUCACCCUGUAGUGGAGCGGAGGUGGAAUGUCUUAAGACAUGUGUACUCUGAGAGCUUCAGAGUUCAAGUACUUUUAAAGACCACUCUGUAAGUGUCAUACAGAAGAGUACGAGAGCUCCCCGGUCCCACUCUCCCUUCCACUGUGCAAUAUUAGUAUUCGUUGAGAUGUUUACCAGGUCAAAAUCUAUUUUUCUGAAGACAAAUUAAGAUCACGUAGUGUAUAGAGCAAGUCACUCUGCAGUUCUCAAGCCGGGAAAGCAGCACAAAUAUGUCUAUCCUGCGCAGUUUGGAACAAAGAUAGACUAAACACAUCGACCACUGCCAGAGAUGUGUUACCUAACCUUUAAGUUAUUUGUACUUUGAUGUCAGAUAUUGCUGUUGAAUUGAAAUAAUAGUUCACCCAAAAUCAAAGAUUCUGUCAUUUAUUCACCCUUGUGUCAUUCUAAACUCCUCUGAUUUUCUUUCUUCGAAACAACAAAGCUCUAAAAAGGAAAAGACAAUACCAUAAAAGUAGUCCAUGUCACUUGUAAAGCUCAAUAACAGAAUUUGUGGCAUAAUGUUGAUUUCCACAAAAAGUAAUUACAACGAAUCCCAUAUUUAUAUUAAAAAAAUAUAAUCAUAAAUGAAAUUGCUGUUACAGUAGGGCACUUUCAGUAGAAGUGAAUGGAGCCAGUCUGUAAAUGAUAAAAUACAAAAGUACUAUAAUUUUGAAAUGGUGGGUAUUUCAUUGUUUAUGGACUGGCUAUGGACUUCCAUUGUAUGUCCCUAAAUUAAAUUUUUAUUUAAUAAACGAUAAUUAAAGAUUAUUUUAACAAGCUUUUUUUUUUUAAAUAAACAAGGGAAAAGCCCAAAUUAUUUUUGUGGAAAUUAACAUUAUUCUAAUUGCUGUUAAAUGAGCAUAACUUGUAUUGAACACAGAAUAUUUCUUUUAAGAUGCACUUUGUAAGGUUUGAUGGCAGUAAUAUUUAACAUCAUUAGUUCUCGUGUGUCACCGAUCAGAUCAGCAUUAUCAAACUUGGCAUUUUUUGACACCAUAUUGUAAAACAUAAAUGAGAUUUGAGAGCUGCAUUGCAAAAUGCAGUAACUGCCAACACUGAAACUGGCUUCAAUGUGUUCUACUUUUAGUGUGGCUUUUGUAAUUUGUGCAGUUUUUACACUAUAUUUUCUCUUAAUCUGAACAUGAUAGUUGAGCCAAACAUACAGUGGUGUGAAAAAGUGUUUGCCCCCUUCCUGAUUUCUUAUUUUUUUGCAUGUUUGUCACACU